AUGGGAAAUAAAAUACCUGAAAAUAAAAAGAGGCAGUUCAUUUUAUAUAAAGAUAUAAAAAAUAGAAUUAAAAAAAAAAAUCAUAUUGAUAUUAAGAGUAAUAUAUAUAUAUGUAAAUUAAAUGAAAAAGACUUACAAAAUUUUAACAAUGAAAUAUUUGAUACGUAUAACACAUAUGAAGAAAACCAAGAGCAGUAUAUUACGAGUGAUCAGGAGGAAAAGGAAGGCACAGAAAUAAAAAUAAAUUUAAAAAAAACGAAAGAUAAUGAAGAAUUUUAUAAAUGCACACAUAUAAAGGGAAAAAAUAGCUUCAUUAAAGGAAUAUCAAAUAGGAAAGAGAAAGAGAUAGGAAAAGAGAAAGAUAAAAGAGAGGAUCUGUGGUAUAUAAAAAAAAAAGAUUAUGACAAGGAAAAGAAUACAAAUUAUUUUGAAUUAGAUUAUGGUUGUUUUUAUAAUUUGGAGGAAAAAACAAAAACACCGCAAAAGAGAUACAGUAAAUUCGUAAAAAUAAAAAAAAAAAAAUCAUUAACCAUGUUAACACAGUUACAAAAUGGGCAAAAUUUAAAACAAAAAAAUAGAGAGAAAAAGGAGGGAGGAGAGGAGGAAGAAGAAGAAGAAGACGAGCAGAUGGUGACAAAUAAUGCAGUGGUUAACGAAAAAGCGAAAUUUUCUUCAUUAAAAAUAAAAAAUAAUUUAACUGAUGAUAAUUAUAAAACAUCUACUAGGAGAAACGAAAAGGGUUUAUUUCAAAGUAUCGGAACAGGAAAUGUACAUCCUACUAACAAUUCACGCGUAGACGACAAAGAAGAAACGCUUAGGUCGUCUUUUAAGUCGAUGGAAAUAAAACUGCUACCAGGAGAUACUUAUACGAUGCAUAAGAAAUGUAGCUCUGUGCACAAAAAAAAUAAUGCAAGUAAGUGUAACAGCAACAGUAAUAGCAUCAUCGGUAGUAACAGCAUCGUCAGUUGUAACAGUAUCACCACCAGUAACCACAUUAGGGACAGUUGUUCCAGUAUUAACAGCGAACGGACAAACGGACAAAAAAGCAUAUUUCGCGAAAAGCACCAAACAGGUGCACUGAUAUUUUCGAAGAAAUUUUUCAAUUUGUUUAAAGAAAAAAAAAUUCUACAAAAUGUGUUAUCAUUUUUAAACUGUACUGACCUAUUGGAAUUUCAAAAAACAUGUUCAAUUAUUUAUAUAUAUGUUAGCGAUUUUUUGGAUUAUAUAUGUUUAAAUAUAUACUCUAAUUUCAAAAGAGCUUAUGGUCUUUAUUUUAUACCAUUUAAUUUUUUUUACAAGUACGAGUACCUCUACACGGACAAGCCAUCGUUCCGCAUGGACUGCAUCCUUAUUGCAAAGAUAGAGAAGGGGUGCAUAGGUUAUAACAACAGGUUUGGUUACAAGUACAAGUAUAUAUAUGACAAAAAAAAAAGCAAUUACUAUGUGUAUUUUAAUUUUAAUGUACUGAAGAGCAAUUCAUCAAAAACUAUAGAAAUCCAUAAGGAUAUUUCAUAUAAUAAUGGAGAUGACAUAAAUGUUUCUCAUAUAAUAAAUAACGAUGUGUGUUCAAAUGAUUAUAUAUGUAUACCUAUAAAUUUAUACAACUUCAUUGGAAUUGUUGAUUUUAAUUCUAUUAGUUUUAUUUCAAAUAAGUUGAGUAAAUAUUUAUCUUAUAAUAAUCACUUGGAUGACCAAUUAUGGUAUAACUCAGAUGAAUAUAAAAUAUUAAUAAAAGAAAAUAAUUUAAUAUCCGCACAAUGUUUUCUUCCUCACUUAAAGCAUAUAAAAACCAUUUAUUCUGGAAUAGAUGUCACUGUUAUGAAAUCCACCUAUAAAGCAGUCGAGCCUGGAAAGAUGGGCAAAAGAAGCUACAUUUUAUGGGGAAACUACUUUAUAAUUGAAAAAAAAUUUGAUCCAGUCUUUACAUUUCUAAAGAGAGAAGGAUUACAACACGACUAUGUGUACCAUAAUUUUUAUUUAAGAGUAGGUGAUUCUAUAAUAUUCUAUUUAAUUAAAGGAGGUAAUAAUGAUAUCUAA